UAAAAGCUAUAUAUAGUCUGAAGUGGCUCCAUACAUGGGGAGGAAGGGGGACAGCAUUCCUCCCCUGACACGCUAUUAGUUUUGUUACCAUCAGCAAGUGCUUCCCAAGCGGCAUCAGGCUGGUCUGCCACCGCUUUGCUCUGUUUUAUUCUCCUGAGGUCUCCUUGAAGUGGUCCUGCCAUGGCGUCCAAAGUCAAACCGUGGUAUAAGAAGCAUGAGAGUCAAGUCAAAACCGAUUAUGCUUAUGGUCACACUAAACACGUUGCGAAGCAGACAGAAAGGAAAUCAAGCUCCAAGUCGGAGAGCAAGGUGCAGGUCCAGGCCACAGAGGCUAUGGCACAAGCAGCCUAUACGGUGCCGGCGUUCCGGCAGAGGACUGAGGAGACUGAGGAGUACCAGAGAGUGACCACCAAUGUGGGGAGAGGUCUGUCCGUCAUCCAGGAGGAGCUGCACAGGAUGAGGAUGGCUACCAAGGCCCAGGUGGAGAGCCUGGCCAUCCAAAGAGAGGUAAAGGACAUGAUGCCUAAGAGAGGGGACCUGUUGGAGGACAUUCCCAGGAUGCCUGACUUUCUAGUGGCUCUACGGCCUCACACCGUUUGGGAGAAGACCCCUGUGAAGCUGUUCUGCACCGUGCAGGGAACCCCCAGGCCCAUCGUCAAAUGGUAUAAAGGAGGAGUCCCAGUCGACCCACUGAGCGCCCCAGGAAAGUACAAGAUCGAGAACAAGUAUGGAGUCCACAGUCUGAUCAUUAGCAGGUGUGUUGUGAGUGACACCGCUGAGUACAGUGCAGUGGCCACCAACCAGCACGGCUCGGCCACCAGCAUGGCCACCGUCACUGUCAAGAGACCCGCAGGUUCCGGGGAGGCCUGUCAUCUGGGUCUAGUUCCUCACCUGACGGAGAUCCACCCCAGUAAGCUGGAGGUCAGCUUCCUGGACCGCUUCUCCGUCAGCUUCGGUGUGGAGGGCAGCUCCAUCAGCCUGGUGUGCACCCUGGUGGUGGUGCCCAACCUGCCCAACGUGCCGCCGCUCGCCCAGUGGUACAGAGACGAUAAACUGCUGAAGCCGAGUGAGCUGGUGGAGAUGUCGGUGAGUGGCACCGCCGCCCGUCUGACGCUGCCCCAGCUGGCCAAGGACGACGAGGGCCUCUACACCCUCCGCAUCUUCACCAAAGACGGCACCGCCGAGCACAGCGCCUACCUGUUUGUGUCAGACGCUGCUCCCUCUGCCCCCAAGGCCCCUGGUGCACCAAUGAGCGUGAAGGCCUAUGACAUCAACGCAGACUACGUCCUGGUUGCCUGGAAACCCCCCAACACCGUCAACGAGGCGCCAAUCACCGGAUACUUCGUGGAUCGGUGUGAAUCCGGCAGUGACUCUUGGGUUCAGUGUAACGACGCCCCGGUGAAGGUCUGUAAGUACCCGGUCCACGGCCUGAGCCUGGGACGCUCCUACCACUUCCGUGUCAGAGCCGUGAACAGCGCCGGCAUCAGCAGAGCGUCACGCAAGUCCGACAAGGUCACGGCCAUCGACGCGGCUGAGAGCGAGAGGCUGCAAGUGAUUAAAAUCCAAGGGAAGUACGACAUAGUGAUCAGAGACCAUGAGCUGGAAGGCCGUGUACCGGUGCCGGGGCAGCCCGGCGGCGUGCACGCGUCCGAGGCCUUGCGAUCGCACGUGGUGCUGAGCUGGACGCCUCCCAGCCCGCGAGGACCAGCUCCUCUGUGGUACGUCGUCGAGAAGUGCUUAGCAGGCACUGGGGCGUGGCAGCGGGUCGGCGCCGCCGUCAGACUGCUCUCCCCUCGUUACCCGCUUUUUGAUUUGCAAGACGGGCAAAAGUACCAGUUCCGGGUGUAUGCGGUCAACGCGCACGGCUCCAGCGAGGCCUCGCUGCCCUCGGAGCCCAUCCAAAAGGUCGACCCGGAGGGUGCUGAGCUGCCGCUCGGAGUCCCCUCUGCUCCCGGUCACGUCGUCGCCACCAGAAACACCAAGUCGUCCGUGUUCGUGCAGUGGGAGGCUCCCAAGACCCCCAAAGGCCUGAUGGGAUAUUACAUCGACGGCCGCGUCGUUGGAGCCAAAGACUGGUUCCCCUGCAACAACAAACCUUUCAAACACACCAGGUUCGUGGUUCACGGCCUGAUCCCCGGAGAGAGCUACGUGUUCCGUGUCCAAGCCGUCAACGUGUUCGGCCUCAGCGAGGAGUCGCAGGAGUCGUCCCCCAUCGCCGUGGAGCCGGCCCUGGGGAAGGAGGUGGAGUACGCCACCCCCAGCGCCCCCCACGGCAUCACCAUGCUGAGCAGCGACGGCUCCUCCAUAACCGUGGCCUGGAAGCAGCCCCGACACUGCGGCGGCUCCAAGGUCAACGCCUACUACAUCGACAAGCGCGACGCCGACACUUUGGUCUGGAAGGAGUUCAACCUGAGCGGCAUCGCGGACAGAGUCUGCACUGUUGGAGAUCUGACCUCAGGAACCUUCUACGAGUUCAGGGUGCAGGCCGGGAACCUCGCUGGCGUUGGGCUGCCGUCCGCUGCCAGCGCUCCCAUGAAAUGUGAAGCCUGGACCAUGAACGAACCAGGUCCAGCUUACGACCUCAGCUUCAGUGAGGUCAGAGGUCAUUCCCUGGUCGUCCUCUGGAAAGCCCCCGUCUACACUGGAGCUGGUGCCGUGACCGGGUACUUUGUGGACAUGGCCAAGAAGGGCUCCACUGAGUUUGUUACCCUGAACCAGGAAGCCGUGAGCCACCGCUACCUGCAGGUCACCGGCCUGGAGGAAGGCCAGUCCUACGUCUUCAGAGUUCGAGCCGUCAACGCUAGCGGCGCGGGGCGAGCGUCCCAGCUGUCGGACCCGGUCUGUGCCAGAGCUCUGCCAGGCACCAAGGAGAUUGUGGCCGGAGUGGAUGAGGAGACGGGCGACGUCUUCCUGUCUCUGGAGGCCUGUGAGAUCUGUGAGACGUCCAAGUUCGUGUGGUCCAAGAACUACAAAGCCAUCGGCGACUGUCCCAGAGUCACUGUGUCCGCAAAAGGCCGAACCUCCAGACUGACUUUCACCAACCCCGACAAGGACGAUUUGGGCAGAUACUCUGUGGUCGUCACUGACACGGACGGCGUCUCCUCCAGCCACACUCUGACUGAAGACACCCUGAACACCAUGCUGGAGCUCAGCUAUGCCAUCAGACACCCAGUUGUUCCUCUGAAACAUGGUCUGAACUAUGAGAUUCUGGAGAAGGGUCACGUUCGUUUCUGGCUGCAGGCCGUCAAACUCUCACCGUCCGUGUCCUACAGGUUCAUCGUCAAUGACAAGGAGGUCUCCAGCGGAGAGGGUCAGAAGAUCAGCCACGAUGUGACCACAGGAAUCAUCCAGAUGACUGUGGACCAUUUCACCAGAGCCAACGAGGGCACGUACACCGUGCAGAUCAACGACGGCAAGGCCAAGACCCAGAGCUCCCUGGUUCUGGUGGGAGAUGUGUUCAAGGCCGCUCUGAAGGAGGCCGAGUUCCAGAGGAAGGAGCACCUGAGGAAACAAGGUCCACAUUUCUCUGAGUAUCUGUACUUCACCGUGACUGAGGACUGUACCGUGAUGCUCGCCUGCAAGGUGGCCAACGUGAAGAAGGACACAGCUUUACACUGGUACAAGGAGGAGGAGGAGAUCCUUCCAGAAGCUCCCUCCACCGUCAUGUCUGGAUCCUGCGCUCUCCCCAUCCCACUGUUCUCCAGGAAGGAUCAGGGAGUUUACAAGGCUGUGCUCAGUGACGACAAAGGGAAGGACACGUCCGUGUUGGACAUAUCAGGACAAGUGUUUGACGACAUCAUCAACGCCAUCGCUCAGAACGCAGGUGCGUCCGCCUCGGAGCUGGUGCUGCAGUGCACUCCAGAGGGCAUCAGGCUGCAGUGCUACAUGAACUACUACACGGAGGAGAUGAAGACCGUCUGGAAACACAAGGAGAGUAAAAUCGCCUCGUCUGAGAAGAUGAGGAUCGGCGGCACCGCAGAGAUGGCCUGGAUGCAGAUCUGCGACCCGUCCGACAAGGAGAAGGGUCACUACGCCAUCGAGAUCUCAGACGGCGUCAAGACUCACGUCAGAACCUUUGACCUGUCUGGACAAGCUUACACUGACGCCUGUGAGGAGUAUCUGAGACUCAAGGCAGCUGCAUUUGCUGAGAAGAACCGCGGCAGAGUGGUCGGAGGUCUGCCCGACGUGGUCACCAUCAUGGAGGAGAAGUCCCUGAGUCUGACCUGCACCGUGUGGGGCGAGCCGACCCCCGAGGUCACCUGGUUCAAGAACGAGCAGGAGGUGGCCUCCUGCGAACACACCCGGGUCACGUUCGACGGCGGCAAGUUCGCCAGCCUCGUCAUCAACAAAGUCACUCCCGACGACUCCGGGAAGUACAGCAUCAACGUGAGGAACAAGUACGGCGGCGAGUUUGUGGAGAUCACCGUCAGCGUGUACCGGCACGGCGAGCCCGUCCCCGAACCCAAGCUGGGCCAGCCCAAAGCGGCCACGCCGGCCCCCCCCUCCAAGACCCCCACCCCCGUCCCCUCCAAGACCCCCACCCCGGCGCCCUCCAUGAAGAGCCCCACCCCUGCGUCCACCCCUGCGUCCACCCCCGUGCCCAAGUCCCCCACCCCCCCACGCAGCGUCAAGUCCCCCACCCCCCCCAGGUUCAUGAAGUCUCCAACCCCACCCAGGAAGUGAGGGCGGUGGUGAGUCUGAGGGGGAACCUGAGUGUAGCAUGAGUGUGGCAGCGUUAGAUAUAGUCACUGCUGAAUCCCGCUCUGGAACAGGCCACCUACCAGUUCUGGCAGCGGCACCAGCACAGAUGUGUGUUUGAGGUAUUACAUGUCAGCGGAUGCAGGUGUAGAUGUCAGUGGAACCUGGGUCUUGUUCAGAGUGUCAGUGACACGGGCCAGGAAACAUGAGCGUAUGUGAUGGAGGGAACAAACAGAGACACGUGUUCCAACAGAAGGUUCAGUGGGAGCUGAUGUCUGGAUGAACCCGACUCGUCGCCUCUGUGCCACCGCUGACUUUUAGUUCCCAGAUGAGCUGAAAUAAGGUCCGGCCAGAAUUGGAAUGUGAUUUGACUGAUGGUGCAGAGGUGUGUUUAUGCUGUGAGCCCAGGUUUGGUUCUAGUGCCAAAUGACUGGAGCAGCCACUUCCUGCCCGCGCUGCUCUGGCAGGGAGCUUCUCUGUCUUUUUCCCCCUCAGUGCUUUGUAACGGCAAUAAACUUUACUUAUCGGC